AUGGGACACGUCUACAUCGACGUAAUUUUUUUAACCCUAACAUUCUAUGCCGCUGACGCUCUGUGUUUAUGGGUGUUUUACACCAACAGCAAAUCGAUUCUAUACAUAAAUAUAGCCAGGGUCUAUUAUUGGUACAUGAUUAUUCUAGUUUAUCUUACAGUGACGAGAAUUAGGAACGGCUUGAAAAAAUUACACGCUUACCUGGAGGCGAUAUCACCACCAAAAAUUGAACAUGUCGAAUCAAGGGUUCAUGUGAUCCAACCUUUCAAUUCUUUCAGCAGAUUCAUGAAAUACUACAGGACUAUCUACGAUGCGGUUCAGAUUUUCAAUGACAUAUUUGGUUACCACAUGGUUUUUCUCAACCUCAAUUGCAUAUUAGAAUGGUUGUCAGCGUUGAACAGGAUUAUUUCAAGCAUUAAAAAUAACAACUUACAAAUUGAUAUCAUCAUGGUGGUUUUUCUGCAAUCAACCAUUAUAUUGAUUGGAAUCAUAUUUAUUAUUCUCCUCUGCUCAUCAGUAACAAAUGAGGCUGAACAUUUCUUAUAUGUUCUACACCAAAUAGAGGACUACAACCAUAAUUUGAAAGCAAAAUGUAUUGUUAUUCAACUUGUGGAAGAUAUGCCAAUUCACUUUUCAGCCGCACGAUUUUUCAAUAUUAGUAAAUACACCAUACUAGGCAUUAUUGGGAACUGUACAACUUAUUUCAUCGUUUUAAUUCAAUUUUAUCAGUAGUCGUGUGAAACCACCUUAGCGAAAUCUGUGUAGACCACACAUAAAAAAAGAACAUUUUCAAUUUCACUGAUUCUGUGUCGUAGAACAAAUGUUGUAGAAACCAUAGAAA